GAGCCUUUUAUUCUAAUUUAUUGACAGAUUAGGCGUGCAUGUUGCUGUGUUGACACCACAGGGAAUUUAUUAGCUUAAAGGAGACCUUCUCCAAGUCAAUAACCACUUGCCUGUUGGCCUUCAGUUGGAUGGUGCAGUAAUCAGACAGACGCGGUGUUUACUUUUCCCGCUUGCUGUUUUCCUACAAAUAUUGUGAUAUCAAACAUAUCUUGUGCCGGCACUGGCCGAGUCGUUUACUUGGACAUAGACGGCUACACUGGUUGUGGCAGGACGCCGGAUUGUAUUGCAGCCGCUGGACAUAUACCCAGGUGGAAGUCACGGACAGUUUGCCUUUCGUCACGGACGCUAUAAUUCAUCAUAAGUCCAGUGGCAACAUUGUGUGUUGAGACGCCGUGCUGUGAUGGAUGUUUGACGUGAAGGAGAGGAUCCAAGUGUCAUAAGAGAAGAUCAUUAUGCAGAGGGUUGGUGUCGUCGUCUUGCUGACAGUCCUAUGUGGACACUGUCUGGGACAAACUCCAGACCUAGUGUUGAGAAUACCGGAAGAAAUCAAGCGUGAUACUUACAUAGGAAACGUGUCUGAUAGUAGUGCUAUGUUCAAGAACCUUUCACAGCCGGAGAAACAGACUUUAAAGUUUGGGAUUUUGAACAAAGACAGUCACCCUGGUAAACUGUUUCGCAUCGACCCUGAUUCUGGAAAACUAUACAUCCAAGGUCGCAUCGACCGUGAAGCUCUGUGCGACUUCACCGACGCAUGUCGCGUUGAGUUUGAUGUCGCUGUUCAUUCUCGCGCGUUUUCCAAUAUUGCCACUGUGCACGUUUACGUGGAGGAUAUCAACGACAACGCCCCAACUUUCCCCGCAACAGAGGUGACACUCGAUGUCUCAGAAUUAGCCAGCGUCGGUACAGUGUUAAAAAUAAGCGGUGCUGUCGACAGAGACUCACAACUUAAUAACACCAUUCAGAAAUAUGAGUUGUCGCAACUGGAAAACAUGUUUUCACUGACCACGACAAAGAACCUUGAUGGCAGCUCGGUGAUAAAUCUUCUCCUUGGAAAGUCGCUUGACCGUGAAUUUAAAGAUCAGUACUUUUUCAACAUCAUUGCAUCUGACGGUGGCUCCCCACCUAAAACAGGAACUCUCGCGGUUACAAUCAACGUCAUCGACGAAAACGACAACCCUCCGCGAUUUCAAAACUCGUCCUACGAUGUCAUGGUGAAGGAGGACGCCGCCAUCAAUUCAACAGUCCUUGUUGUGUUAGCGACUGACCCGGAUUUGGGUAGCAAUAGCGAAGUGAGAUACCAAUUCAGUAACUUACAGUCAGCAAAGUUGCAGUCUCUGUUCUCUAUAGACCCAACUACUGGAGUAAUAAGAGUGGCCGGUAAACUCGAGUAUGAGCCCGACACACCCUAUCACUUGAUCGUGGAGGCUUUAGACAGUGGUGACCGUUCACUCAUGACACAGAUAGUGGUCACUGUUACAGUGCUUGACUCGGGGAACAACCCUCCACAUGUGACGAUCAACACCCUGACGUCAGGAAACACUGUUUCGGAGGCUGCAGGGAUGGGCUUCUUUGUGGCGUAUGUAGAGGUAGAGGACUCAGAUACUGGUGAGAACGGGGACGUCGUUUGUAACAUCUCCAGCACUGCAUUUUCGCUGGAGCCUCUGUCUGGCAGGAAGGGAUACAAGGUAUUAGUGAACACUGUUCUUGACCGUGAAUCCAGGUAUUCGUACAACAUGAGUGUCGUGUGUCAGGAUAAAGGGGACCCUCCACUGUCUGGGGCAGCCUUUUUCCAGAUGUAUGUUACAGACGUUAAUGACAACACACCCCAGUUCCAGCGAAGACAAUACAACGUGUCUAUUCCGGAAAACAGUCCAAUUGGAUACUCCGUACUGCAUGUGUCAGCCUAUGAUGCUGACCAAGGGGACAAUGCCCGACUGCGAUAUUUCGUUGUAGAAGAUACGCAGAAACCAUCCUUCAGAAUCCAAUACGAUUCCGGCAUCAUUACAACUAACAGGAAGUUUGACAGAGAGGUGACACCCGUGAUAAAGUUCCAUGUCCUCGCCAUCGACCAGGGUAUGGUAGCCAAGACAGGUACGACGGAGGUGACGCUGAACAUCAGUGACAUCAACGACGAAUUCCCAGCCUUUACUCACCAGCUGUUCCAGUUCCGUGUUGUAGAGAACAUGAACGCUAACAUAAUCGUAGGAAAUAUCACCGCUACAGACCUUGAUGCUGGCCUUAAUGGUGAGAUUGAAUACUUCAUAGCCGAGUCUCCAGAUGGUAUGAUUCCUUUUAAGGUGUUGUUGAAUGGAACAGUGAUUGCCGAAGAGUCCUUAGAUCGAGAAGUUAAGAGUAGAUACAUCUUCACAGUGUUAGCACGGGACAAGGGCUCUCCACCCAAGACAAACUCUUCAGAAGUGUCAAUAACAGUGCUGGAUGUGAAUGACAACGUCCCAUCAAUUCUGUUCCCCACGACUGUCAAUCACACGGUCUUCAUUUCCAGGGCCCCGGAAAGAGACUCCGUCAUUGGUAAGAUUGUUGCAUACGAUUCCGACUUUGGUGAAAAUUCGACUCUAAAUUUUGUUAUAUCAAGCGGCAACGCCGACGAUGCUUUCUCCAUAGACAUUGGCACUGGUGAGACCAAGGUUGCCAACACGUGGAAGCUACAGAACAACAAUGUGUACGAUCUGACAAUUACUGUGCACGAUUCAGGAACUCCUCAACUGAAGACUGAAACUCACCUUAUUAUUGAUGUCGAGUUUGACAACAACACCAGUAUACUCACACCAGUGCACACUAGAAGUGACAAGUACGUCAUCAUCGCUGCUGUUGUUGCCGCGGCAACUAUUAUUCUGUCCAUCAUCAUCAUUGCUGCCAUCUGCUUUGUGCUCAGGACUGACCGACGGAAAUCAUCAUCAUUAUCAACAAACACUUCUAAAUUCAACGGCCUCGUUGCGGCUGUUAAAGUCCCCGCCACAGCUCAAUCCGAGGUUGUGCAGUUGUCUUCAGGGGGCACGGUCGACUGUGGACGGAUAACCCCAUUCAAUGGAGUCCAUAGCGGCCAACAGAAACAAGCCAAGCAAGCCGACCAGUCGUCCAAAAAGAAGGAAGUUAGCUUCAGCAUUGAUGACAGCCUUGACUCCAAACCUCGAGACAUCAUCUUCACCAACGCCAGACUGACAUUCAUGGACGAGGGUGAUAAAAUACUCCAACUGGAUGACGUUCAUAGCGAUACCUCCGGGGAAACAAUUCCUAGCGACAGCGGCAGAGGCGGCAGUGAGGAAGAAGUGAACAUCCAGACAGAUAAAAAAAUGCACCUCAGACGGUGGGACGCACCUAUUCAGGGCAGUAAGAGUCACUCAUUCGACCAGUGCUACCCGUUGCCGAUCAAACAGGCUCCUGACUUUCAAAAUUCCAGACACAAUCAAGUCAGGUUUUUGCACACGAACAGUUUCCAUGAGGGACGUGAUUUCCCCAGUAAGAAGAGUCCAAGAGACAUGUCACGUGACUAUUUAUUGCGCCAAGGCCACAAUACUUUCCAGGACAGAUCAAACAACUAUUCAAGGCCGUUGUCAUACCGUAGACAGUCUUCCAACAUGUCCCACGAUGACGACGGCAGCACAACUACAUCCGGAAGUUAUACACUUAACCAGGAAGACUUACUCGAGGAGAGAAUUCUGGGGAAGGAUGUUAUAGUGUAAGAGUAUUGAAAGAGUAUUGUCCGCACUGCCAAAUAUUGCCAUAAUGUCAUCUUGUAAAUGUGAAAGGAUGUGUAUGUAUGUGUGCUGAUGUUGUGGAGUAAAACAUCAUACUUGCAUGCCAAAUAAAUAAUAAAUGUGAGACAUUUACAAUGUGAACAAACUGUUCAAGACGUGAAUCAAAAGAUUUCAAAUGGUGCCAAUUUAUGUUCUAAUUUUUUACGAAAGGUGCUUAAAAAACGACAACCCAACGAGUUACACAGAUGUAUACAUAUAAUGUGCACACGCGUACUUAGUUUGCAAAGAUUUGUGACUGUUGUCGACAUUGUUGAUGUCAUACUUCAGUGACUGCUGCAUGCCGCACACCAUUGUUUCACUGUCUCGUUUGUCAUGGAUGUCCCCCAUGAGGGUCAGAUAUUUAAUCUAGUUGACGUGAGAGUGGAAUAUGGGAGUAUAAUUUGAAGAUGUAUCCUGUUAUUAUUUGUGUAAUUGACACGAUCUAACGUUCACUAUGAAAAUUGUUGGGAAUACGCCACCUUAUAUCCUCACCAAUAUUACUACCGGCCGGAUUUUCGGAAGAGCAUCUUAGGGCUAGCACGCUACUUACUGGGUACGUGCCAUACGUGUAUGUCAUGUGUUUGUAUAUAAUGUAUAUAAAACCGAAGACUCGAAGAAAUAAAGUCUUUAAAUGUAA